AUUAAUUCCCCACCGGGUGCGCUUUGCGGUGAACUAGUUCGUUCGACAUCAACUUUAUUGCAACCCAAAACACCUACCACCGAUCGUAAUGUCUACCGAAUGGGAGGUUGUUGGCAAACAGAAGAAAGGCCGUAAACAGACGGGCGAUAAAAAGAAUCAACAGCCCCAAGAUGAACCUCUUCUCAAGGGUCCAAAAAUAGAAGAUUCAAUGGACUCUAUUUGUGCGCUUUACACCGAUGUGAAGGACGAUUUGCUGGCAAAGUUUUACCCUAAUUUCAAGAAUACUAAUCACAAGGACCUAAAACCAAAUGAAAAAGAUUCUGGUAAACGACCAGCAACUCCUGUCCUCGGUCCGCACCUGCAGCCCCAACAAUCGCAAGGAAAUAGCAAAUCUGAAUCGAAAGAAUCAGACAAAAAUCAAAGAGAUUUAUCAAGGGAUCCUGUCGUCGGUGGAACGUUCCAUAUGAGAGCUAUGAAGGAUUUCGAUCCGGCCCUGCGUGCGAUCAACGCCUCCGACCUACACUCUCAACUAACGGCUGUAAAUGUGAACUUCAAAGACAAUCAUUUGAUGAUGCUCAAAGCACUGACCGGGAUGUUAAACGACAAACUACGGUUUCGCGAAUGGAAUCCGGUGUUCCUUGGCAAAUCGAUCAGCUAUCCGUACAAAUCGAUGCCGGAGGAUCUACGUAAAGUCAUCGACGAUUGUAUUAUGACUGCAGAUGAGGAGAAUGUGAAAUACUUUUACGAUCUCAGCCUUUCCAACCUGGCCAGCGAAAUGAAUAAAAAUGUUCCUUACGUUGGCACUAAGCUGGUACUGCAGGCGAUCGCAACGCACUAUCCUACGGUCUGCGUCAACAACCUGGCUCGAAACGCAAUCCUGAGGAACUCCUACCAGAACCGUCCGGAUAUAGGACUAAGCUUACUGUGGGCCCUUGGACAAGGCGGCUUCUCUGACCUAGACAUUGGGUUGAAGGUGUGGCAAGAUAUUAUGGUGCCGGUUAUUGAUAUGGAGAACUACAAUUGGUACGCUUGUGAAUACGUUCAUCGCAUUUUAAAGAUGCACCGCAAUCAAAAACUCGGUCUAGGUGGUAGCGAGUUCCUCACCAUCCUUAGUUCGCUGACGACACGAAAGAAAUCAUCCCGGCAGCUGGACGAAGCGGCACGGAUGCUGGUCGAACGGUACGUGCUCAGCUCGCCCAAGCCAUCGGCGACUUUUGCGAUGCUGUUCAAAAACAUUUCCUUCAUCACGCGCCCGGACAUGAUCUACUAUGGUCUGAUUUUGUGUCUUUACGAGGAUCCCGAAACGGCCGCGGUAUGGCUUGGAUUGUAUCGACAGAGUCUUCCCCAAUCAUUGGCCAUAUUGGAGUAUUUAAAUAACUCAACACAAGACUAUUGCAAAAAACUUUUUUAUGAAAAACACUUCCACCGGUUCCUGGCAGAGGUGGAUAACAUCAACAGCGAGAUAUCACAAGCUAAAAAGACGCCGAAAGCAUUAAAAUCGCUUACCGCCGCCGUAAAGGAUGCCCAGGCCAAGUCGAAGAAAAAGCAAUCGUCCGGAAAAGCGAACAGUAAAACUUCCUCCUCGGUGACGUCCGUUCUCUGCAAAUUGCUGCUGAGCACAUUCCUGCUGUUCGGCAUCACCGGUGCACUGGUCGGCUACGACACGUAUCGGGCCGGCGGCAAGUUCGAGGCGUCGUUGACGGGACAAACGUUGAAACAAGCCGGUCUGCUGCCGGCGGUGCAGGAUGCCUGGACCUGCUCGAUGAAGUACAGCGCCCGGGGCUACAAGUGGGCCGAAGCGAACGUUCCGGUGUACUAUCAGGCAACGAGCAAGGCUCUUGGACCAUACGUAGAAUUUUCGAUAGAUUUUAGUAAAGUUCUCUGGAAUGGUGCCAAGAAGGGCUUCGCCAGUGCGAAGGUGUUUGCCACCCAAAAGCUCGCAGAUGGGGCCUUUUACGUUGAGCAGUACGCACCAGGAUUACCGAAGAAAAUUAGCGAUGCUUCGUGUACCCUCUGCGACACCGUGUGCACCUUUACCACCAAUGCCUACAAGCACACGUACGAGUUCUUCAAGACAAAGGUGUUUGUUGGGCAGUUAUCUCCGGAAAGCUUGGGGAAAGUCUUCAACAGUACCCAACAGGCUGCUGCUCAGUACUAUAGUUGGUUCAACGACCAGGUCGAUUUCUAUGCCAAACUAAAGUAGAGCGUUUGCCGACCCGUUUCCAACCACUACUGAACCGUCGGCGCCAACAACAAUAACAUAAACAGCAUCCCUUCGAGGGCGUCUGAUCGAUCUGUGCAUGAGAUCGAGAACAGCCUGCAGCAUCUAGUAAGCUACGACGUUACCAUCGGUCGAAAUGCUGACGUCGGAGGGAAACAACACAAUUUGUUUAUGUGAGACAACAAAUCAUCGUAUAGAGAGCUAGGAAAACAGAGAGAGAGAAAGGAAGAUGAGAGGAAAAAUUAGAAAAAAAUAAUGACAUUGUUUCUAGCAAUAAGUAAUGAGGCAGAUAGGAAGGAAAUUGUGUGUGGUAAAAGGAACGGAAAGCCUGUCAAAAAGUCAUACGAUCAUUCAGAAAACCGUGCCCAUACUCAUACGUAUGUAAGAGGUAAAAGUAGAGCAGAGACGGAAAACGGACAUCCCCAUAGAGUGUCAAGGAAUGAAAAUCGUGCACCAGAGGAACAGAAAAGUACAUCGUGUUAUCACAUGGUUGGCUGAGUGAUUAGAGAACAGAAAGGGACACAACAAAAGCCCACAAGUUUCGGGGCGGUUGGUGGGAUAUUUUGUUUGAUUUUGUGUUUGAACUUGAAAUCGUCUUACAAAGUUCUAUUGUUUGUUUAGUGUUACAUCUUCUCGCAUAGAGUGGGCACGAUAGAAGUGGAGAAUCACUUUCUCCAACGUUUAUGAAAGCAGUUCGUUCUAAGCAGGUUAGGAACAAUGAGGGCAUGCCCACUUUCUUUAAACAAGUAUAUUAAGCGAUCGUGGACUACUGAGAAGAAUGCUAAUCCUUUUCAUCCGCACGCUGCGUCCCCUUCCGCGUUUUCUCCAACGAAGAGACUUUUUUACUUUUAUACGUUUUAUAGUUUAAGAACAAAAAAGCCCCCGAAAAACAAUACGAUAGCCCACAAUAAAACAGACUUAGUGAAUCAAGCAAAGUAAAACAACAUAAACAUUAACAGGAAAACAGCUAGGAGAUGUGCAGAUAAUUGUGAGUGUACAGGAUAUUCCCUUCAGACUGUGCAGAUUCUUUAGACACUGCUAUGGAAUUAAAUACUGAAUGAUGUUUAAAAAUUGGUGAGAGAAAACUUAACUGGCAUUGAAGUGGUUUUUUUCUAAUUCGAUAGUGCGUGCAGCAUUUUGAUGACGAGUUGGUAUUGAUGUGCGGUUUUUUUACGUGGAAAAUUUUUAAUCAGCAUUUUCAUACAGACACAGAGAUGGACACUCGAAACUGACCGAUACAUCCUGUGGAACUCUUUUUCGGCAGGGUGGUAGGAUACAGAUGGAAAAGCUUGAGCAAACAUUAUUGAAUGGUGUGCAUGUUACACUAUUGUGUUCCUUUGGUUUUGAACGGUGAGAAAGUAUGCUGGUAGUUAUAUUAACAUUCGUGUGUUGCAAUGAGAGGAUGUCCAGCAAGGAUGAUAGACACGCUCUAAUAGGAAUGGGAGGACAAGAAAGACGGUACGUUGGUGAAUAAAGAUCGAUGGAAAUGCAAAGAUAAAGUUCAAU